GCGCGUAAGUAUCUUUGUUUCGAGUCUUACCCUAAUCUCUGUGUCCCUGUGAUUGUUUCGCUUCUCUCUCGCUCGAACCUAGAUCAUGGCUGGAAUCUACGGUCAAGGGGGCGAUGGUGCCCCUCCGACAUACGGAUCUAGCGGCGGCGGUGGCUAUGGGGGUUCUGGCGGAUACGGAGGCGGUUCUGGUGGUUAUGGAGGUGGUGGUGGAGGCGGGAGCUAUGGUGGAAGCGGUGGUGGUGGAUACGGAGGUAAGGGCGGCGAUGGAGGUGGUUACGGUGGUGGACGGGGCGGUGGCGGUGGUGGCCGAGGUGGAGGAUAUCAAGGCGACCGUGGUGGUGGAGGCAGAGGUGGCGACCGUGGUGGUGGCGGCAGAGGCGGCCGCGGUGGCAGUGGAAGAGAUGGUGAUUGGCUGUGUCCUAAUCCAGGCUGUGGGAAUUCAAACUUUGCAAGAAGAGUUGAGUGUAAUAAGUGUGGCACGCCCUCUCCUUCGGGUGCCGGUGGUGAUCGUGGCAGUGGUGGUGGUUAUAACAGAGGAGGAAGUGGUGGGGGCUACGGUGGUGGUAACCGUGGUGGUAGGGGUGGUAAUUAUGAUGGGGGUCGAAGUGGUAACUAUGAAGGAGGUAAAAGUAGCAGUUAUGAUGGAGGCAGAGGCAGUAGUUAUGACAGUAGAGGCGGUGGUGGUAGUAGAGGUGGUUCUUAUGGUGGUAGUCAAGGAAGAGAUGAUGGUGGGUAUGGUCAGGUUCCUCCAAGUGCUCCACCGUCCUAUGGUGCAGCUGGAGGCAAUUACGCACCAUCUUACAAUGCUAGUUAUGGAACAGAUGCAGUUCCGCCUCCUACAAGCUAUACUGGUGGACCUGGAUCAUAUCCCCCAUCUUAUGGUGGUCCUGCAGGUGGUUAUGGUGGUGAUGGUCUAGGUGAUGCAAGGGGUGGUGGGCGUGGGGGCCCUCCAGCUAAAUAUGAUGGUGGAUACAGUGCUGGUGGUCGUGGUGGAUAUGGCAGUGCUGCUACGGAAGCCCCAGCUAAGGUGAAGCAGUGCGACCAGAAUUGUGAUGAUACUUGUGACAAUGCUAGAAUCUACAUAUCAAACUUACCACCAGAUGUUACCGUUGACGAACUUCAGCAGCUCUUUGGAGGCAUUGGACAAGUGGGAAGAAUCAAGCAGAAACGUGGCUAUAAGGAUCAAUGGCCAUAUAAUAUCAAAAUAUACACAGACGAGUCUGGAAAAAACAAAGGCGACGCAUGUUUAGCCUAUGAAGAUCCCUCUGCUGCACAUUCAGCCGGUGGAUUUUACAAUGAUUAUGACUUAAGGGGCUAUAAGAUCAGUGUUGGAAUGGCGGAGAGAUCAGCUCCAAGGCCUUCGUUUGAACAAGGUGGUGGUGGCGGUAGAGGUGGAUAUGGUGGCGGUGACAGGCGCAACAGUUAUAGAGAUGGUGGAGCUGAUAGACAUCAGCACGGCGGAAACCGUUCGCGUCCUUACUGAGAGAAUUUCCAGAGACAAGUCGAUAAUCUCCAAAUUGCUUGCUGCUAUGGUAGGUUGAUAUUUUCAGGUGAGUGCUGCUCUUUCGUAACCAUUAUUAACGUUUAUUUGGAGAUUGCCCAGAUUUGCAUCACUGGGUUCUUGAUUGCAUCUGAUCAUUUUAUAUCUAUGGCUCAGAUGCAAGCAUUGAUAUCUGUACAUGCUUUCUGACUGAAAAUUUGUCGCCCGUAUGAGAAAUCACUGAAGAUGCUUCCCGUGGCUGGGAGUUUAUAUUGGAAUGUACUCGAUGUUAGAUGUGAAUCCUGACCAUUGGAUUGGAUUUUGCUUAACUUUGAUCUCCAGCUGAACUUAUUUAAGUUGCUACCAUGUUACAAGGAAUAGGUUUUCCAUUUAGGAUUUUGUUAUAUUGGAUUGGUUAGAGAUUUUUGAUCAUGUUGUGUGGAGGCUCUUUUCCUACAUCGAGGCUUUUGCUUUGCGGUGAUUCUACUUCACCACAUCAAUCUAGUGUUUUUAAGAUCUAGUAUUGUGCCAAAACGUCAUGGUGCCUAAAAUUUUGCCUACCGGUUGCCUUAAUUGUUCAGCUACUUACUGGGUGGGGCUUGUCUUCCUUGUGGGUGACUGCAAUGUACUUGUGGAUGACAAGAAUAUCCGCGUAGCUACUAGCUCCUUGCGUCAACUAUCCUGUCCUUCAUUCUGUUGCUGAUGGGUGCUUGCUGUCAUGUGCUUCGAUUGUAUUCUUGGCAUUUGCCUUGUGGUUUUCUUUCAGUUUUUAGUUUAGGCAAUGAUGGAGUACACCCUAGUAAUCACUUUGCGGUCGGAGUUCAAAUUGUUGUAUUACAUCCCAAACAUUUGCAUAUUUGAAUCAAACCGUUUGUUUCCUUGA